ACGCACCUCUACAGUUUCCUGUUUAAAAUGGACAGGGAAAAGUAUGAAGACAAAAGAAGAAUUGGGUCAAUUAAAGCUGCUGUUAAUAUGUAUGGAGAUAUGAUUUUGGAUGGAAAUUCUUCAUUGAAGAAACCCCCGGUGGAUUUUCCAGAGAAGCCUUGUUCAAGGGUAAAAGAGCUUCACAGGGCAAGAAGGGGCAUGAAUAUAUACAGAGAGAGUAGAAGAACUGCAGAAUCAGCUAAGGCUAUGGCAGAAUCCGAGCUCUUCGGUUCAAGGGAAACGGUUAACGAUCCGGCUUUGGUGGUCGAGGAAUCAAAUUUUAAGGCUAAGAAAAAUGCAUCGGUUGCCAAGAAGAGUAUCGAAAGUUAUCAGUAUGAAGAAGUGAUGAGAGAAUUGGAAUUGGUGAAACAAGAACUGAGUCAACUAAAGCUUCAUAUGGCAUCUGUUAUGGAGGAGAAGGCAAGAGCAGAAAAGGAAUUUGAAGACUCUGGCUUUAGAAUGAAGUCUAACGGUGCCUCUGUUGAAGCGCUUAAGGAGCAAAUUGAGGCAGCCAAAAAGGAACAUGUGCUAGUUGAAUUGGCUCAGAUUGAGGCUCAGAAAGAAGUUGGAGAAAUCGAAGCUCAAAGAGCGAAAGAAGCCGUUGACUUCUCGUUUUGGAACAGGGAAACAAAGAAGAAAGUUAAGGACAUAACUGAAGAGAUUGAUCAGUCCAAAGAGUUGGAAACAAAAUUUGGUGCCACUUUGUCUGAUAUUAGUCUCUUACAAGAUGUGCUGAUGCAAGUUAAGGGACUAGACGGUGUGGUUCCGAAAGGUGAUGAUGAGGACUUGAAGCAAAAAGAUGAUAGUUUUCAUAGUGUUGAAAAAGUGGAACCUUCAGUUUCCUUGGAGUCGAUCAUGAAAGAACUGGAGGCAGCUAAGAAAGAAUUGGAUUCCAUCAAAGAUGAAGGUUUUCAGUAUAUGUCCUCCAUGGAUAUCAUAAGAAAUGAGCUGAAACAUGUUACAGAAGAAACAGCAAAGUUGAAGAAAACAGAAGAAAAGGCGGAUACGAAAGUUAAAAGCCUCAAUUCGAAGCUGGUGAGAGCCAAAUCCAAGUUGGAAGCAGUGACCGCAGCCGAAGAAAAGGCUAAAUCGAUAGAGAUGAACUUUUUCCUCAACCUUGAACAGUCAAGGGCAGAAGUGGAGGCAUCAAAGAAAGAGAAGAUGCUUAUCACUGAAGACAUUGCAACUAUCAAGGCAGAAAUCCAGAAAACUGAGUUCGAAAUAGAUGUAACCGAGGAAAGAUUGCAGGCAGCUAUGCAAGAACUUGAGGUGGUUAAGGCAUCAGAAGCUUUAGCUCUAGAAAAGUUAAGAUCUCUCAUAGAGACUACAAUGCAAUCUAGAGCUUCAGCAUCUAACCAUAGUUCCUCAAUCACUGUCUCAAGGUUUGAGUAUGAGUAUUUAACUGGACAUGCAGUUGGAGCUGAAGAGAUCGCAGAUAAAAAGGUUGCCACAGCUCAGGCAUGGAUCGAAGCUUUCAAGGCCAGUGAGAGGGAGAUAUUGAUGAAAACUGAAAUGGCUCAUAGGGAGCUUAGAGAAUUGAGAGUAGAGGAGGAGAAUGAUGUAUCACUUUCAGAAAAGAAAAAUUUGGAUUCACCAAACGUGCAAUUACCUUUGGUUAGAGUUAGAUCCGCUAAAAGCAAUGGCAAUUCAACCCCAUCACGAAGAGCAAAGCUCCGUAAAUCCGCGUCGCCUGCAAUACCGGAGAGUUAAUCAAAUUCAUUCAUCGUUAAGAAGAAAAGAAAGUCUGAUGCCAAAUUUAACCAAUUUCUUUGAUGGCAAGAAAGUUGACAAAGAUGAGUAAGCUGCUGGUGAAUGUUUUUUGUUUUCUUUUACAAGCAUUUGACUGCAACACAGUUGGAGUGAUGUUUUCCCAAAAAUUACUUGCUUCUUUUUAACUAAAACUUGAAUAUGAUACGAGUGUGUAAAGCGUAAUAAGAAAUGCAAU